AUGUCCCCCGUCCUCACCACAAUCGCAUCCCUGUUUGCCCUCAGCAGCAGCAUCAACCUCGCAUCCGCUGCCCACGCUGGCUUCCACGUCCACUUCCCAUGGGCGACCCGUGGGCCGACUCUCGGGACUAGGCCAAGCCUCGAGCGCUUCAGCCCUUUCUGCGGGGAGCCUACACGCAAUCCUCAGCAGUACGCCCGCAGCUCCCGCACUUUUCUCUCCUUCUCUGGCCAUCCCGGAGACCUUGUCACUGUCCUUUAUACCCGACACAGGGUGCCGAGAGGGAGAGAUGAAUUCCAACACGGCAUUCUAAUGGAUGUGCCCAUUGCGCCGUCCGGGCAGCUCUGCGUCAACAUAACGCUUCAGUUUCGAACUAGGGUAGGCGAGAUGGGAGUCAUGUACUUUGAAGCAAAGGAUCCAAGGACAGGAAACUCGGAAUACCAGUGUUCGGAUGUAGAGAUGGCUGAUUUGGGUAUCGAGGCCCUCCCGGAAGAUCACCCGGCCAUGUGUGCGGCCUACAAUGAAACGCUGAUCCCGAUGCCUGACGAGUACAUGUAA